GCAUCGAUGAAGCGCCUUUUCUGGUGAUGGUAGGAAUUGAUCAUUUAAUUUUGCGCCAUCGUGCACAACAAAUACCCUCUAUAAAACCCAUGAUCCUUUGAAGUUGAUCCACACCAUUGUCGAUCAAACUCAUUCAAAGUUCUUAGUUUUGUUGAUUAAUGGAUGGUUCACUUUCUUCUGGAAGUUUAGUGAUCUUGGCUUUGAUGGUGGUGGCAUUUGUCAGUGUCCCACUUCAUGUUGAGGCUCGGGCUUUCUUUGUGUUUGGGGACUCGCUAGUCGACAAUGGCAACAAUGACUUCUUAGUCACCACUGCCAGAGCCGACUCGCCACCCUAUGGCAUUGACUAUCCCACUCAUCGCCCCACUGGCCGCUUCUCAAAUGGCCUUAACAUCCCAGACUUGAUCAGUGAACAUAUGGGAUUGGAGUCCCCAUUGCCAUACCUGAAUCCAUUGCUAAAAGGAGACAAGCUUCUAAAUGGUGCCAACUUUGCUUCUGCUGGAAUUGGAAUCCUUAAUGACACCGGAGUUCAAUUUUUGAAUAUAAUACGGAUAUGGGAACAGUUAGAGUAUCUUGAACAAUACCAAGUUCGACUUGGAGACAUCAUUGGAGCAGAUCAAGCUCGUCAAGUAGUCAAUGAAGGGAUGGUACUCAUAUCCCUUGGUGGAAACGACUUUGUUAACAACUACUAUUUGGUUCCUUUCUCUGCAAGAUCACGUCAAUUUGCUCUCCCAGAUUAUGUUCGCUAUCUAGUUUCUGAAUACAGAAACAUUCUUUCGAAAAUGUAUGAUGUCGGAGCUAGGAGGGUAUUGGUAAUGGGGACGGGGCCGAUGGGGUGCGUGCCAGCAGAGUUGGCACAACAUAGUAGGGCCGGCGAAUGCUCAGUAGAAUUGCAACGAGCAUCCGACCUGUUUAACCCGCAACUUAACGAUAUGUUGAAAAGUCUCAAUGAUGAAAAGGGAGAUCAAGUUUUCGUGGCCGCUAAUACGAUGAAAAUGCACAUGGAUUACAUAUCAAAUCCUCAAGCUUACGGAUUUAUAACAUCAAAAGUAGCAUGUUGUGGACAAGGUCCAUACAAUGGACUCGGAUUAUGCACCCCUAUGUCAAAUUUGUGUCAAAACAGAGACGUCUAUGCAUUUUGGGACGCUUUCCACCCUUCAGAGAGGGCGAAUAGAAUCAUUGUGCAACAAAUGAUCGAUGGCACUCAAAACUACAUGAGUCCGAUGAACCUCAGCACCAUCUUGGCCAUAGAUUCCAAGUUUUGAUCCCCUUGUAUUUAGCUUUGCUCAGUGAUGGUCAUUCCUAGGUUGUAUUUUAUGUAUUAUGUUUAAAGCAAGUAUUGUGUGCUUUUUUAUGUUUUAAACUUGCAUGAAUUAUUGUUUAAGGUGUAAGGAUAAUGUGAAUAAAGCAAGGGAAGUUUCCCAGGUUUCUUGAAAA